AUGGCGGAGUCGAUGCGCGGUAUCUGCGGCCAGGAAGGCUGCCGCGAAACCCGUUACUAUAUCGAAAACGGGCUGUGGUUUUGCCGUCAAGGGCAUCAGCAGCAGGGCCAGGAAGUGGUCGUAGACGACGAGAAUUUCGGCGGCCACGGCAGAACAGCCCGACGGAAGAAAGUCCAGGCUGAACGGAGAUCCAAAACUUAUCAUGGGAGUGAUGCAUUCCAGCUGUUCCUGGAAGCCUAUCAGCUCUUGCUGUGGAAACAAUGUCACGCUCUGGUUCAUGGAAAGGGGCUUCCCUCAGAACUCGAGGGGAUUGUAAAGGAUUUAUGGAUUCUCCGGCUUGAGAAGAUUUAUGAAGGGAGAGAUGAUAUCUACACUGACGAUGAGAAUUCGACCCAGCUCUUCAGUUCUCAGACUGGCGUGUCAAGCGAACUUGAUAAAGAAGAGUACCAAUAUCACAAGCGGAAGCUCAGUACUUCACCUCGAGUAAUUGAUUCCUUGGCUCUUUGCUACUUGGGUACAUUGCUACUCCGCCUUCCAGUAAGCAUUGGGUACAUGCAAGAAUGGGUUGCUGAGGAUGAAAUACCGUUCAUGAGGCCUCUCCGCUUUAUACCCUCAGACAUGAAAGACCGGCUACCUGCAAUAUAUCACAUGGCAUUUGAUACAAAGAAUCUACCCGUCGGGGAUCAAAUUCACCGAGCUGUUGCGGACUUGAUUGUGCUGUACCACCGUGAUUUUAGCAUAGAGUUCCCGGCCAUUAACUCAUCGUUACUUCUUUUCUCUUAUGUAAAGAAACUCGCUCUACCUAGUAAGUUGACCGAUAAGGGGCUUCUAUUAUAA